AUGGUGCCUCAAAAGACGGACCAGGUGCUGCUACAGAACACAGCGCCCCCUGGGUGCCACCCCCAGAACCUCUCACAACUCGUGGACUCUCCUCCCUGCGGCAGCAGGCCUGUCUCCCCCCACCAGUCCCAACCUCCAUCCCUGCCACCUUCCACUGGGUCCCAUCCCCCCUUCUCCCCUCCCCCACGAGCCCGGUCUCCGGCCUGCCAAUUCUACUCUUCUGACUCAAAUUCCGACUUAGCUCUUCAUCCCUACUCUUCCUCCCUCCCCAGCUCCCCCACUUUCUUUCACCAGAACUUCCUCUCGGUCCCCCUUCAACACUCCUCCUCUCCCUCGAGCCACUGGCUGUACCCCUCUCCUCCUCUCACGCCCUGCUCGGCUCCGUCCCAGCCCCAGAACUCCUCGCCCCGCUCACGCUGCCAGUCUCCUUCACGGCCCGAAGACCUGCCCAGCUCCACCCGGCCUUCCCCAAGCCCCAGCAACAGGCAGACAUGGCGCUGGGAACAGUGCAGGGACACCGGGUCCCCUGGGGCUGGGGGGUGCGUGGCAAGCGAGAGGGACCCUGCGGAGUUCAGGGACCCAGGGGCCCUGGCCCAGGCCCUGGUGGUCCACCUGGGGCACCGCCGCAUCGCACAAGACCUGCAGCUGUUACUUUUGCAACGCCUGUGGCUAGGCAGAACCGGCCAGGCCCCGGUGGUGGAGUACCCCAUAUGCCUGGUGUGCCUCCGGCCUCGCAGUCCCUCUUGCCCCACUCCCAGGUACAAGACUGGACCCAAGCUGCUGGCCUUCCCCCAGCUGCUGCCCUGCGCACAGGGCCAGGGAUCCGGGCCACUCCAGAUAGGAAUUGGCUUCGGCCUCCGCCUGCCUCGGGGCCAGGCCAGGGCCCUCCAUCUGAUACCAGAAAGAAGGCGGCAGGAAGCAGGGCCCCAAGGCGAGGCCACUCAGGCCCAGCAGUGUCAGGCACCAGUGUCUCCAGCCCCGGCCCGGGCCCCAGGCUCACCCUCCCAGGCCAGGAGCCACAAGUCUGGAAGCUGCCACUCACCAAACUCCACCCGCCGUCCAGGGCCUCCGCCGCAGGCGCCAAAGCAGGCCGCGGCCUCCCGAAAGCCCAGGUGUUCUCCCACUCCAAAGAGGCCUGUCUCUCCAGAGUCCAUUCUGCAAAAGUCGCCAGCCUAG